CAGCUGGCUAGUUACGAUUUUGUAUCGGAGUAAAAGGGGUAAAGGGACAGGGGAAAUCCCAGCAGCAAAGCACCUUACACAGAUUAGAUCUGGAAUCGAGCCCAUCGACUGCAAUUACAAAUGUGCACAGAAAUUUUGUUGUAAGAAUAAAGGUGGAGCUUAUCUUAUCAACGUCGAUCUCAACUGAUCUCCUCCGGAAAGAUGUGGUUUAUUCGCUUGGCUUUGGGAGAUGCCAGCUCGGAAUCAUCGUGAUGUCUGAACAGAAGCUGUACGGCCAACCCUGCGCUGACGGUGACCGGCACCUGGCGUGCGGUGAUCCAACCAGAGCCACCGCCUGUUACACUGCAGCUUUCCUUCGGGAUGCCGAGUCGACAGUCCAGCAUGUACACUCUCUGGGGGAAUCCGGCCUGGCCAGCGUCGUUGCCGUGUUGGAGGGCUGGUGCGCCGGCCACACAUGGGUGCCGCUCCAGGCUGGCAUCGAGCCGGCCGGUGAGGCGCCCGUGAACACUGAGCUAGUCACCGAUUUCCUCUUGUUAUUGAACCCCAGCAACCUGAUGGCCUCGAUGUUUAGAAUGGAAACUCUGCUGAGGAAUGGGAGGCACGACGAGGCGGUGAGCCGCUGCAACGCCCUGCUCAACGCACAUCCGAACCACUCGCUGGGCUUGCUGCUGACUCGGGCCCUGGCCUGGGUGCUGUCCGACGAGCACUCGGGCAACGGCGUCGUGGACUACCUUCAGGCCUUCGCCAAGCGCCGGGAAGAAACCGUAGCGUUCGUGACCACCGAGCAGAAGGCUGACGUGCCGCGAAUCGUCCACGCCUUCAAACACUACCUGUCCCAACGAGAAAAGGCCGCGCAGAAAGACCGGUUGCUCGGCGACUGCCGCCGUUUUCUGGCGGCCGUGACAGCGGCUGGCAGCGCCGCGCGGCCCCGUGACGGCGACGUCCCUCGCGCGGGCGCCACGCGCCGGAUGGAAGAAAUCGCGGGAAGCGGCGCGCCGCCAGUGUCCGGCCUCGAUGGCUCGAGCCCCCGGUACCGAACCUCCGGCCUCAUCAGCCGGGCCGCCGCCCACUUCGUCAUGGGCAGUGGUCUGAGGCGGGUUAUUCGUGACCUGUCCUCGGCCUUCGAGAACGAUCCGGUACUCGCCAGGAAACACUUCGAGCGGCUCUUCAAUCCCGCCGCCUCCGCCUCCCUCCUCGAGCAGUGCAAGUCCAUCAUCAAUGCCCAACUCGCCGACUACCGGGAGACGGUGCGCCGCCGGCCCGACCUCCGAUCGGACGCCGGCGCCGACCUCCUCGUGCCUGUCCUCGAAGCCCUGCAGUUGCAAAUCAACGUUGAUGCCCAGGCUGACCGGGACACACGGAUCCGGCUGGCCGACUGCAGGCUUCUGACCGGGGACGUGCGCGGCUCGCUCGAACUCUGCCGGAGUCUGGCUUCGUCCGGUGGGGCCGCCUACUCCAACUCCAUCAUGGCCCUCCGGGCCAUCUGCCACCUGCACGCCGGCGAUCACGGACAGGCACUCGCUGACUUCCAGGCCAUCGUCGAGCAAGAGUUGCCGCAUCCCGAUAGCUGCGUCCGGGCCAUGUGUGGCCGCGGCUUGCUGAGGUUGCUGGACGGUAAGCCCUAUCUAGCGGCUUUGGACUACAUCACUGCCAGCAGACUGCGGCUGGAUGAAACCGCCUUCUUCGUUAAGGCCUACGUGCCGUGGAACCAGCGGGGCCUCUUGUAUAAGGUGCUUCAGGAGGAAGGGGAGAAAAUGGUGCGGAAGAAGCUAUGCCGUCCACUGUCUGGUGCUGGACCCCGUAGGAAGAUAGCAGAGUCCGGAGAGCAAGGCUCUUCCAACAAAGAAAAAGACGUACUGGCUGUUCAUUACUUGGCCUUGCUGCUGUUAGAACUGGACCCAACAGAUGAGGUUUCCCAGAUUUUAUACGCAGAUGCUCUUUAUCAACUAGGCCGAACAGAAGAGGCUCAUAAAACGUUGCUGGUAUCACUUGGCAAGAAUUCUUGGUGUACUUCAGUCUUGGCUCGGCUAACUCUCUUUCAGUUGAAAAAAGGCUUUGUGUAUGAAUCUAACCAGCUAAUAAAGAAAAUUAUUGAGAUUGGGGAUACUUCCUGUCUUCUGCCUAUAAUGGACAUCUUUAAAGCAGAAGAUCGAGACCUACUGCAGCAGCAUUGUUAUUCCAUUGCCAUGUCAAUCCUACAAAGUAAAGAAGGAGACACAUAUGUAAAGGAAGCAGUGGCCUAUCUGUCCUUGGCUAUCAUAAUAUCAGGGGGUGUUGAUGAAGCCUCAUUACUCACUAGAGCUCGGUGUUAUGCACAUCUUAAUCAGAAGAAAACAGCAAUAUUUGACUUUGCUACCAUUUUAAAGGCAAACCCAGCUCAUGUGCGUGCACGAUGUGGACGUGCUUUCAUAUAUGUAGUCCUGAAUAAGCAAAAGGAAGCCGUAGAAGACAUUGCAGCUGCCCUACAGACAGAUCAAGAGCUGGCAUUGCAAGAAAUUUUAUCUCUGAAGCAUGAAGCUCAAAAUCUGAUUUGUAGCUGGCUGUAUGAUCAUUGUGUUAAUGCCUUAACUGGAAUAGUAGAUACAAAAGGAAAGAUCUUCACUGAAGAACAUGUUAUUCUUCCUACAAUUGGUCAAUCACUGUUGUUGAUCAAUGGGAAAAAUUCAACCUGGCACAUCUUGUACAUUGAUAUAUUGAUUGCAAAAGGAAUGUAUGAAGAUGCCUCAAAACAUAUGCAGGAGAAUUUUGGGCAACCUCCUAAUGACAUUGCUGCCAUGUCCAGGUAUGCGCUCAUUCAGAUGAAGAUGAAGAAUGCACAACAUGCUGUUGAGAAUUUGAGCAUCCUUGCUGAAAAGCAUAACAAAGAUUUGGAAUUUUUGUUAAAAUUUCUGGAUAAUAAACAACUUCAGACUGUGGUUCAGAUAGCUUCACAGGAGGCCAGUGCUUUGGCUAAAGGGAAUCAGGAGGAGAAAGCACUGAAAUACUACACGCUAGCUGUUCUUGCAAGUAAAAAUAAAGCCAAAUAUAUUCGUCUUCGUGCAAUAUGUCUGACUAAACUGAAACAGUAUGUGAGGGCACUAGAGGACCUACAAGAGGUCAUCAAACGAAGCAUCAACAAAAACUCUGCAGACCUGGUUGAAGAUUAUUGCUUUAUGGGACAUAUCCAGCUUCUUGCACUGAGGGAUGACGAGGCUUGUAAAAACUACAUAAAGGCCUUACAGUUGGACAAGUCUUUGGCAUUAACUAGUAUCUCCAGUAGGCCAGGACAGGCUAGUUUGUCUCAACACUUCCAGCGAAGUGCUCUCCGCUACUUUGAACAACAGCUUUAUGAAGAAGCUUGGAACUUAGCAGAAUAUGGACUAAUACUUGAUGAAAGUAACACCAAAUUAAAGAAACUGAGAACUAGGAUUAAGCGUGAGGCAUCGGGGUGUAUAGUUCAUUAGAUUUGUAUACUUAAGAAAAUAUGUGGACUAAGUGCCUUUGUGGUGGCAGACUUGCACCCUAUGAUAGAGGCAGAGGCCAACACGGGAUUUACAAAAAUUAUAUUUCAGGCAUAGAGUGCAGAUUGAACUGGAACUUGACAGUAACAAGGAUCAGUCCUGUGAACAUGAUCUAAGAAAACAGGAAUAUUUAAAAGUAUAUUGCCAGCUUUACCUUUCUGUAAAGUGCCAGCUCAGAAUGUGUUUUCAGCAAACUCACUAAAUGAAAUUUUCCUCCAAACUGCUUUGGAUAGUAUGUCUAAAUAUUGUUUGGUGGUGUACCUUUGGUGAGAUUAUGGGAGUAGAAUGCCAAGGAAAUUACCCAUGUUUUGUUGCAUUUAUAUUCUUAAGAUGUUUUAAUCUUCAUUCAUAGGAAAUGGGGUGUGAGUUGAAGUCAAUGUUUAUAGAAAUGUAUACCCAAAUAGUUAAUGGACAAGAGAAAUCUGUUUCUGACCCCCUCCAAACCCCCAAGAGGCUAGUUUCUUUUCCAGCUAGCUCCUUUGGGAUGCCAUCCAAGGUCUAUUGACUUGUCAGAUUUGUGGUACCAUCGUUUUUAAAAUAUUACUUAAGGCUUUUUUAAUUUGAUAAUUUUAUUUGUUCUAUGUAAAAAUGCUUGAUGUACUGAAAAGAGGAGUUUAAUGGCACUCAAACAUGUUGAUGAAAAAGUAGAGACAGGAGAAUAAUUGAUGAGCAACAUUGGUGUUUGGAGAAGGACCCUUCAUUAAAAAUGAUUCCUUCUAGCAUACGUUCACUGGCUUCUUUUUGACAUUGUUUGACAGUCUUUUGUCAGUUCAAUUGGAAUUUUUUGUUUGUGGCUGCUUGUAAGAAAGGAGACAAAUCCCAAGGUUAUAUACGGUAUAUAUACUUUGAUAAUAAAUGUACUUUAAACGCCGAACUUUUGUCUUAACAUGGGGAAUAAAUUGUGAAUAUUGCUAAUACAAAUGUACAAACUUCUAUUAUAAGUACCACAAACUGCAAAUUUAAUUUAUUUUAGUUUAAAUUAUAACUUUACAGGAUUUGUAAUUAGAUUUGGAAAUCCAGCAAAAGCAUUAAGAAUAAAUAUGUACCAAAUUAACUGCUGGAAAGUAAGUUUCUAGUACAAAUAAUUAAAGUGCAAAAUAUAUAUGCUAACAUGGCUGUUGAUUAAUCUCGUAUUUGGUUUUCAAUAAAACAACUCUUUAUCAUCAUAAAAUGUACAAAUUUGUUUCUAUGUUUUUCUUCAUCGGUUCCUUCUUUCCUUUCACUGGCCUUCUAUUACAUUGCUGUUUUUGAUUUUUGUUGUGUGAGAUCUAGUUUUAGUAGGCUGUCCAGUGGUCAGAAAUAUUUCAGCAGGCUAAAUCCCAGCCUUGCUAGGAUGUUCCUGGAGUGGUCACUGGUCUACAAUUAGUUAUUCAGUUGGUUCUAGGAGAGAAACUUCAAAGUAAAUUGCCUUGAAAAUUUUACCCUGAAUUGUUUUAUUCCAACCUUAGCAAUAAAAAAAUGUCAAUGAUAAAAUCCAGAGUGUAUUGUAAAUGGUCAGUGGAAGAGUCUUAAGGACCUAACAGCUUUUCAUAUGUUGAUGAGACCAGAGGCAGGUUUUGUUGGUUUACAUUUUUUUGCCACCAUUCCCUGAUUAUAUUGCCACUAAAAUUUCCUGACACACAGAAUUUGAUGGCAGUAUUUGUUAUAGAUAGGGAUAUAAAUCAUACUUUUAUUUAAGAUAAAAAUGUAUCUAACUUUAAUAAUAAUCCUAGUGAGUCUAACACUCCCAUCUGCAUUUAAUUUUUUUUAAUGGAUAUAACAUAAUCCUAUAUCUAAUCCAUUGAUUCCCUGAAAGAGUUUGGUCAUUUAUUCCAAAAGACUAAGUACAUUACAAAUCUUAAUUUCUUUUAAACCUGGUAUAGAAAUGAUCCAUAUUAGGAAAUAUGUGAGCAUUUUAUUCUGUCGAUCCAGAAUUUAUUUUUAUUUCCAAGAGCUGUUAGUUCCAUUAAAAAGCAAUGUUUCUUCAGCUUGUCUUCAUAUGUAAAAACAAUCAUUUAGAAUAUAUUAUUAUAAGGCAAUUAUUUUGAAUAUUAUCUACUUAAUUGUCUAUUUCUUAUGUUUUAAAUUCUCUGACAUUUUAAUUUGUUUCUGGUCUGUUGUGGCCCUUAGUCUUAUCCACUACUGUUAUAUAUUCAUAAGGUAAACUCUUCCAUUUUGCCCCACAGAAUUUGUAAAGAGCUUUUCACAUCUAAACAGGAUUACAUUCCUUUGCAAUAUGCAUGGAAAUUUUAUGUAUUUUGUCCAUAUUCAGCAUUUUACCUUUUAAUUUUUCUUCCUAUCUCUGCUGAUGUUGAAUAAAAAUGUCUGCAAAAUUCUGCAUGAGUGUGGUUUAUUUUCCCUAUCCUGCUACCUUUGUCCUUACAACCUUUAACGCCCUUACUAAUCAAGAACCUAUUAACCCCUUCUUCAGAAGGACUACAAACACUUAAGUAGGUAGUUCACUACCAUCUUCUCAAGGAAGUAGGGAUAAAUGAUCAACACUGGCCUAGUCACUUAAGCUGCUGUCUUGAAAAAAAAGUUAAGUACAGAAAAACAAAUAAAUAAAAAGUCGCCAAGGUAGAUGUUGGAAAACAAACAAACCUUUGAAUUACUUUUGGAGAGAUGGAAAGUAAAAGAUUUGUACUGAAUUCUUGUUUGACGGCACAAGUGCUAUACGUUGUUCUGGUUUGCAUUUGUUAGAAGUUGAGUCAAUUAAGGGAAUGAUAGCAGACUGGGAGGUUUUGUAUACCAGGGAACAGUUCAACAGGCUGGGCUCGUAUCCCUUGAAAUAAGAAAGGUGAAGGUAGCCUUAGGAGGAACUUGAAUUGCUGUUCCCUCUAAGCUGCACAGGUAUACAGAUGCAGAGUACCUGAAAUGCUCUCGCGCAUGUAGCCUUUUUUGCCGUUCAGCUAAUAUUUUAUUUUAUAUAAUGUUAAUAUAAUUUUGAAAUGCUAAUAUAAUUUAGCAUAAAGUUAAGACUGGCUCAAUUAAGGUGCUCACUGAUAUGUGAAUUACAUGCUUAGAAACAAAGAAUUUGAAGAGUAGUCAAUUCUUGAUAUUGUUGGAACAUUUCAAGCUUCCAGUGCUGUCUGCAGACGUGGAUUCAGUCAUAUGAAUUCAAUCAAAUGUAAAUCCAGAAACAGACUAAAAGAGCAACAUUUGGAUGAUCUAAUGAGGACUAAGACUUUCAUCUGAAUGCAAAAUUAAUCUGGACAGUGUUUACAGACAAUGGAUUUUUAAUAAACACAGAUGAGAAAAAGUUUACAAAAUGAAGAUUUUCUUUGGUGUAUUGUAUUUCAUGACACCCUUCAAUUAAAGAUAAAAUCAAAAGUAUAUGAUUUUUCAACUUUCUAAAUAUUUAUAGAAUGCAUAAUACUGAAGAAAAAACAUUUAAUGUGCUGUGCAGUUCUUAGGGCAUAUAAAAAUUUCCUGCAAUGGUUGGUCCGUGCAGCUGUGAAAAAAAAGAGGGAACGUUGACUUUAACAUGUCUGUGAUGAAGUAGCUGUUGGGAAGAUAUUUUCCUAAAUGGGGCAUCAGUGCUAUAGCUUAGCCAAAUUCAAUCAGAACCGUGGGGGAAAGUUCUUCAAAUGAUGAGAACUAAUCUCACUAUCACAAGGAGGAGAUGAAACAAAUACAGAUGUGGUUAAAGAGGAAGUUAAAUAAAGACAGGAGGGUAAAAAGUAAUGCUAUUGUUCUCUAUGCCAUGUGGCACAUCGGGUGGCAUUCCUGUUUCUUUAGCAUUUUGUCCGUUUUUCUUAACGAGGCCAAGUUACUUGCUCAAUGUUCAACUCAGCACGGAUGGAAAGUGUGCAAGGAGCUGGUUGGAUUCAAACCUGCCACCACUCUGCUCGAAGUCCAGUGCUGAUGCCACUAACCACAGCUGGCAAGGAAAAAAGUAAAUUCUGCCUUUAUAUGAUUAGGCACAGGGGCAAGUGAUGGCUUCAGAACAUACAGUAGGUUGGCACUAAAGAUAAUUGGUAAGUAAUGAUCUUUAUUCAACCAGCUCUUCUGUAUAAUUAUGUUUGUUAAAAUAUAUCUACAUAUAUGUCAUGUUGCUCAAAUUUAUUGAGUCCUGAUCUUUAAUUGAUUGCCUUAAUCACAGGCAGCUGUGGUGCCUCUGUAAUGCAAUCUAAUUACAAUGUGUGGUAAAUGGGGCUAAUGAAUUUCAUAGCCUCACCAUAGCAGAAGAAAGGGCAAAUCAGUCACAGUAUUGCCAGCAAAUGCGCUGAUAAUUCAGUAUUUUUUUUCUGCUUGUUUGUUAGGGGUAGGAAAACAGACAGAAUGAUCUUUAUCCAAAAUGACUUUUAUCAAGAUGAAACAUGCAAAGUUACAAAACAGCUCCGAUGAGCCUUGAGUUAUUUUGAUUAUUUUGGAUUGUAUCAAAGCCAUGCAUGUUAGACAUCAACAGCUUUACAAUUUUACAAUAUUUGGGUGUGAUCCCAAGAAAUGUAAGACCAAAGUUUAUAAGCAAGCAGGACUUUAAUGUAGUGCCAUUCUCAAACAUGUAAAGCAGCAACAUUUUGUUUCGUGGUUACAAAAAAGUAGGGGUCUCCUAUCCACCCGUUCUCUCUGACCAAAGGAAGAUAGUUAUGAGUUUUUAAUAGAUGAAUAUACAUUUCCUUGCAAAGUCAUGAUGAGUAAAUACAAUUUUCUGUCCUGUACAUACAGGUUCCAUUAUUUGGGUCACUCACAGACAGCUGUCCAUAUUUGACAAAUGGUUCUAGUUAAUUGCCAUUCAGUAGAUUAUGUAGAUACCUUAUUAUAUAUUAAAGCAUUGGCUAUUUUGAGCUGUUAGUUAAAUUCUUCAACCAGUCUUGAAGAAUAACAAAUGAUGAUUCACUUAGCAAGAACAACUUAAAGUUUUUUAAAGGAUUGCAAGAAGCAAAAUUGGCCCUCUGGAAGAUCAGAAUCAUAAUCAUGCAUGGAGCCAUAAGAGAUGGGGGAGAGCUUCAGUAAUUUUUUUUGUAUCUGUAUUUACUCAGGAGACCGGCAUAGGGUCUGCAGAAGUAAGGCAAAGCAGCAUUUACUUCGUGGACGUUAUACAAAUUACAGAGGAGGAGGUGUUUGCUGUCCUGAGGAAAUUUGGGGUGGAUAAAUCCCCAGAGCCUGAUGAGAUGUUCCC